AACAGAAAAUGAAAGUGUAAAGUUUGAUUUGUAGCGUGUUAGUGUCUGAGUUUAUUGAAGAGGAACUUGAGCAACGUUCCUCUUCAUCAUCUUCGUCUUCUUCAACCAGGAAGCAUGUUUCAUGAAGGUGCGAUGCUAACUAGCUUGCUGCUCAUCCUGCUGCACGCCGUGGCAACGGCCGUGUUGGACGGCAGGCUGGACGACCACUGGACCCUGUGGAAGAAGACGCACGGGAAGUGGUACCGCAGCGAGGAGGAGGAGCUUCACCGCCGAGGAUUGUGGGAGGAGAACCUGAUGAUGAUCAUGCUGCACAACCUGGAGGCUUCCAUGGGCGCCCACACCUUCCUGCUCAGCAUGAACUUCAUGGGAGACAUGACGCCAGAUGAAAUCCGUCAGUCAUUGGCUACCUUGACUCCGCCCACUGACCUCCAGAGGUCGUCUGAGUCCAUGUGGACGAGCAUGGACGUUCCAGCAUCUGUGGACUGGAGGGACCAGGGCUGUGUGACGCCGGUCAAGAUGCAGGGCUCCUGUGGUUCCUGCUGGGCCUUCAGUGCAGCGGGGGCCCUGGAGGGCCAGUGGGCCAGAACCACGGGGACGCUGGUAGACCUCAGCCCUCAGAACCUUGUGGACUGCUCAGGCAAGUACGGCAACCACGGCUGCAACGGCGGUUUCAUGGACCGCGCCUUACAGUAUGUCAUUGAUAACCACGGCAUCGACUCGGAAGCGUCCUACCCGUACACGGGGCGGCAGUCUGAGCAGUGCCACUAUAGCCCCGCCCACCGCGCUGCCAACUGCUCCGCUUACAACUUCCUGCCUAAGGGGGACGAGGACGCGCUGAAAGGAGCCCUCGCCGCCAUUGGACCCAUUUCUGUGGCCAUCGACGCCUCCAGACCCAAGUUUGCGUUCUACAAGAGCGGAGUGUACGACGACGCGUCAUGCUCCCAGAAAGUCAACCACGGUGUGUUAGCGGUCGGCUACGGCACGCUAAAUGGACACGACUACUGGCUGGUGAAGAACAGUUGGGGACGUUCGUUCGGAGAGGAGGGCUACAUCAGAAUGGCUCGUAACAAAAACAACCAGUGUGGUGUGGCGCUGUUCGCCUGCUAUCCCAUCAUCUCGUCCCGCUCUGAAGCCGAGCUGUAGCCAUGAAUCCCGACAACCAAAGAACAACAUCCUGCACUCACAUUAAGUUCAAGCUGAUAAAAAAAACUUGUCCUCACUGUUCUUCAUUUGAUGUGCUGAUGCAUGUGGGAAUUAAACAGCCCUCAAACAGCUGCAGUAAAAGCUGUCUUGUUGCUCUAAACUUUUCCAUCA